AUGGAUGAGUCCAAAGUCCCAAAAAAACCCACCUUUCCUGAUCGCGCAUUUUCCGUUUCCGGCGCCCGCCCGUCCAGCGAUUACCUCAGCAACGGCGGCCAAUCAACGGGCCCACGCGGCAGGUCAGCCAGUCAGUCAACCAGCCUGACGUUUCCCUCUCGCUUUCAUUUUGCUAUCCGCGUCAAUUCGGUGGACGAGCUUCAUCGCUCUGACGAGAGAGUCUUCUCUUCGUUGUCAAUACCCUCGUCGCUGCUCCAUCCAGCCUUCGUCCCGUCCUCUGAACCGCUCGUCUUUUUCGCCCCAAGCAAUACGUAUCGCUCUACUAGUUCCAACACGUUCGCCGCCAGCCCGUGGAUUCAUUGCGCCCCUCCUUUCACUUCCUCUCAUCAACCGUCUUCUCUUUGUGUCCUCCCCGGCGAUCUGCUGCGAUUCUCGACCGGCCACAUUUCCGCUCUAUUGGUAUCUGAAUUCGCCGACGCCGCCGUUCGUCCUCGUUUCCUGGACUCCCCGCUGGGUAAAACAGCGACGAGUUCCUAUCGCCCCCCGCCGAGAAUCGCUUUCGCACUGGCUGGAACUGCCAGGGCGACCGCUGAGACGUGGUCUUUGAAGUCCUGA